CUCACAAAAUUUUCAAUUACUGCAUAGGAUCCUCCUGAUUCCAGAAAAACCAGACCAGUCAAAAUAAGGCAGGACCCACCAGCUGUUGAAUAUAUCCCCAUGCUUAUCUUUGUGGAGUGGAUUAGCACGCCUUUCUUUCCUGUAGACAAUCUGCAAAUCUUUUUCUUGUUGGCGGUUGGGGAAGGAGUUUAAGGAGGAGACCGAGAAGAAGAGAGAAGGCGGGGGGGGGGGGGGGGGGGAGAGCUUCUGUUCUCAGGACAUAUGGAGAUCCAGCAUCAGCGGGGGGUUGGCAAUUCCAAAGUCGUGAAGGUUCAGAACGAGGAGGCAUGGGAGCUGUUCACCAAUCAAGCAAGCAACGAAGGCCGCCCUGUUGUUGCCCAUUUUGGGGCAUCAUGGUGUGUGACGUCCCUGUCCAUGAACUACAAGUUUGAGGAGCUAGCUCAGACCCACCCUGAAGUUUUGUUCCUCUUUGUGGAUGUUGAUGAUAUCCAGAGUGUUUCGUCCAAGUAUGGAGUGAAGGCGAUGCCAACAUUUUUUCUCAUAAAAAACAAGGAGGUGGUGAGCAAGAUUAUUGGGGCAAAUCCAGAUGAGCUCAAGAAGCUGGUGGACGCUUCUGCCGAUCCACUUCCCUCUGAAGCUCAGAUAGUCGUCGAAUAGCGGUUGCCGUCGACUCUUCUGAAACUGAUCUCGUGGCCGUGAGUACUGUCUGGUCAGGUCCUGAAAACUGCGCCUCUUCCAGUGUGUACAGUGUGCCUCGUGUGACUCUGAUGGGUGUCCCUGUAUACCGUUAGUGGUCUUAUCCGUUGGCCCUGCAGUUUUGAGUGUAGCGUGACUCUGAAUGUUGCAUGUAUCUUGGAAUUGAAAAAUAAAGCUCGCUCCAAGCACACUUUGCCUGUUA